CGAAUGCAAAUGAAAAGCUCAAAUAUUCAAUUGCUAAGUACUCUAUAUUUUUGCAUUUACCUUAUCAUUGCUGUCUUAUAGCUCUUAAAUCUUUGAGAAAAAAAAAAGAGAAAAACCUGGCUCCGAAGAGUGUCAAUUAGCGAGGAGAAUACACGAAGUUUUGUGUUUUUUGAAAAGCUAUAAAAUCCACUGCUAAUAAGCGACAAUUUUCCACUUAAACGAUAGCAAUCGUUGUUGUCCGUGUCUAGUUGUCGGUUUUAUAGUAAGAAUUUAAUACUUGAGUGAAAUUCUUAGCAUUGAUUUAUCAGAUAUCGAAUCAGUCGGUAGCGAUUGUUUGACUGGUGCUGAUCUAGUGCUUGUGAACAUUUUCAAAUAUUAAGUUCAUUCUGUGAUUGGUAAAUAAUAAUUAAAUAAUAUUGCAAUGCAAAAUGCAAUCAAGAACUAAUAACCUGUGAAGUUCAAGUGAAUUAACAAAAAAAAAAUACAGUUUUGAACAGUAUGGAAAGAUUCACGGUUACCCGUGUAAGUAACAAAGAUAUGAAUAAUGACAAUAGUAAAAGAGGCACUGCAGAAGUGUCUCUCAAUGUGAAUGACUUAUAUCACCGUAAAAAUUCUCAUUCAGUUCCUGUUUCUUCAAUUGAUCGAAGAAAGUUCAGUUUUGCUCAAUUGACACGUGAAGCACUUCCACGAUUAGAUAAUUAUCGAAUAUCAAAAAGAGCACUUAAACGUCCAUCACUUGGAGAAUUACAUGGAGAUCCCCAACAAAAAAUCGAUGAAGCAGAGGGAGAUGAUAAUGCAACGACUGGACAUGGACAUUUUAAAUUAGGAUGGAUUCAAGGUGUUUUAAUUCCAUGCUUACUCAACAUAUGGGGAGUUAUGCUCUUCUUGCGUUUGUCAUGGGUUGUUGGACAAGCUGGAGUUCUUACAACACUUGGAAUCAUUGGAAUUUCGACUAUCGUUUGCCUUAUUACUGUAUCAUCUUUAUCAGCUAUUUCAACAAAUGGUGAAGUUAAAGGAGGUGGAAUUUACUACAUCAUUUCUCGAUCACUAGGACCAGAAUUCGGCGCUUCUGUUGGAGUUGUUUUUGCCUUUGCUAAUGCAGUAGCGGCUGCUAUGAAUACGAUAGGUUUUUGUGAAUCAUUAAAUGAUCUUUUAAAAAAUCAUGGAUUAAAAAUCGUCGAUGGAGGCGUUAACGACGUCAGAAUUGUUGGAAUGGUUGCAUUGGUUAUUAUGAUUAUCAUUUGUGCUGUCGGUAUGGAAUGGGAGGUGAAAGCACAAAAUGUUUUAGUCGUGAUAAUUGUUGGUGCUAUAUUUGAUUUUAUGAUUGGCGCAUUGAUGGGACCAAGAUCAUCCGUAGAUGUAGCGAAGGGAUUCAAUGGCUUUUCAAUGGAAGUAUUGAAAUCAAAUUUAAAGCCAGACUUUAGAUUUAGUGAAGGAUUGAAUCAAAACUUACUUACAGUAUUCGCUAUUUACUUUCCUUCAGUGACGGGCAUACAAGCUGGUGCUAAUAUUUGCGGUGAUUUGAAAGAACCAGCUGCAGCUAUUCCAAAAGGAACAUUGCUUGCAUUAUUGAUUUCAACAAUUUCUUAUGUAUUAUUUGCCAUUUUUGCUGGUGCUGCUGCAAUGAGAGAUGGUUCUGGAAUGCUUAUGGAUGUUACCAAUGCAACCUUCCCUUACCAAUUCGAAUGCAUGGCUAAUAAUACAUGCGAAUAUGGACUUCAAAACAGCUACUCAGUUAUGCAACUUAUGUCUAUUUGGGGUGGUCUUAUUUACGCUGGAUGUUGGGCCGCUACAUUAAGUACAGCCCUCACAAAUCUUCUUUCAGUGCCACGCUUAGUUCAAGCAUUGGGUGUCGAUCGAAUCUAUCCUGGACUUUUCUUCUUCUCAAAGCCUUACGGCAAGAAUGGCGAGCCCUACAGAGGAUAUGUUCUUGUAUUUGUUCUCUCAGCUAUAUUCCUUUUAAUUGCUGAUCUGAAUGCUGUUGCUCCAUUGAUUUCAAACUUUUAUCUUGCCGCUUAUGCACUUAUUAACUUCUGUACAUUCCAUGCCGCCUUUGUUCAACCACUUGGAUGGCGUCCGACGUUCAGAUAUUAUAAUGCAUGGUUAAGCUUGUUUGGAUGUAUGCUUUGUGUCGUCAUCAUGUUUUUACUGUCUUGGUUCUUUUCACUCAUCACCUUUAUCAUCAUAUUCCUUCUGUAUUUACUUGUCAUGUAUCGAAAACCUGAUGUUAAUUGGGGAAGCAGUACACAAGAGCAAACAUACAAAACAGCUCUUUCAGCAGCUCUUAGAUUACAACGAGUUAGCGAUCACAUUAAGAAUUACCAUCCACAAGUUUUGGUUCUUGCUGGAAGUCCUCAUGUUCGACCACCUUUGGUUGAUUUGGCUCACUUGAUCACAAAGAAUCAUUCAUUAAUGAUAGUAGGUGAUGUUGUUAGAGAAAAGAUUUCAUAUCGUCGUCGCAAUGAAAUGAUCAAUGAUGCACAGAAAUGGCUUAAUGCAAGAAAGAUCAAAGGAUUCUACAAUCUUGUUGACAGCGUUGUUUUUGAGGAUGGUGUUCGAUCUUUGGUCCAAGCAAGUGGUUUUGGUAAAUUACAAGUCAAUAUCGUACUUAUGGGCUACAAAGCUGACUGGAGAACAUCCAGUCCCGGAGAUUUACAAACAUACUUCAACAGUUUGCAUACCGCAUUUGAUUGCCGUUCAGCAGUCGCAUUGUUGAGCUUACCAUCAGGAAUCGAUUUUGCACAAUACGUCCCACAGUAUAAGGAAAGUAACAACUUCCUACAUAGUACAUCAGUCAACUUUUCAACUGAUGUUGAGACUUCACCAGAAAUUAAGACUUCGAGAUUUAUGCAUGUUGAUUCUAAUUUGAAUUUGGAAGGAAUGGUAUCAAGCACAUCAUCUAUUAAUACUCCACAAAAAGCUCCCCUCCCAAAUCUCCAAAAGCAACAAAGCCAAAUGUCAUCUAGCGAGAUUAAUUAUGCUACUCAAGGUGGAACUACAAUUCCAAAAGACGUUAUGGAUGCAAUGAAUGUUUUCAAUAUUAAGCAGCAGAAAGGAACUAUUGAUGUUUGGUGGCUUUAUGAUGAUGGUGGAUUGACUAUGCUUCUACCUUACAUCAUCUCAACUCGUUCAAAUUGGACAAACUGUAAAAUUAGAGUAUUUGCACUGUCAAGUAGACAGCAUGAGUUGGAAGUUGAGGAACGAAACAUGGCAAAUCUCCUUUCUAAACUUCGUAUUGACUACUCAUCCUUGACAAUGCUUCAAGGAAUUACUGACAGACCAAAAGAUGAGACAAUUAGAAUGCAUCAGAACUUACUUAAUGGAUUUUUCGAAGGCCAAAAUGAACAUAAUCCAGUUACAAUGACGGAAUUCAAACAACUUGAAGAUAAAACCUACAGACAUCUUAGAUUGCGUGAAAUGUUAAUGAAACAUUCCAGUCAGGCAUCAUUGAUUGUCAUGUCAUUGCCAAUGCCUCGUCAGGGAACUGUGUCAGCACCUCUUUACAUGUCCUGGCUAGAAAUGCUCACUUCGGAUAUGCCUCCGAUAUUGCUUGUUAGAGGAAAUCAAUCAUCAGUACUUACCUUCUACUCCUAAAACUUUUCAUUGGAUUCAAUUAGCAUAUAGAUUCUUGAAUUGUACGUCUUGAAAAUUAUUAUUAGUUGAACUUAGUUUUUAUUCUUCUUCUUUUUCUUCUGAAGAGUCUACUACUUUAAAAUUAAUAAAAAAUUGUUAUAAAACAGCAAUAAAACUUAUUCAUGCCGUGAUUUCUGGAGUAAAUGUUUCUUGAGGUGGUGGCGUGUACAGUUCUGGAGUCUUAGCUGAUUGUUGAUCAUUUUUGUCACUUUGUGGACUUUCAAUGCCAUUUGCCUCUUUCUCCAUUCGUCUCUCAAUUUCUUCAGCCUCAACUUCUAAUUGCUUUUCCUGUUCCUUCAUUUUUCUCUCUUCAGCUUCUUGCUGCUCUUUUAAUUUCUGCUGUACAUGACGUUGAAUAUCGCGAGCACUUUUCAUUAGUUUAUUUGUCUCUAUUCCACCUUUAGACGGAGAUGCUUCACGUGACCAAGUUCGUCGUUUCUUUCUUUUAUGAUUGUCAUUGUCUGAUGACCAUCCAGAACCAGAUCUUGAACGUGAAUCAUUUUGUCUAGUUGGUGGAGUUUUCUUUGUAUUGCCAUCUCUUAAUGUUGUGACCAAUUUUGGCUUUGAAAUGCUUCUUUGAAGACGAUCUGACUUUGAAUGUGAACGAGAUCGUGAGGAAUGAGAUCUUGAGCGUCUGUGAUUUGAACGUGAACGACUUGAGCG